CUCGAGUCAACUCGAUCGUGUAACUACAACUCUCGAUCCAAGCACCUAAGCGCCAAUUGUCCCUUUGAAUAUUCUUUCUUGCAAGUGAUUGACGUAUUCAACUGCCAAGAUGGGGUCCAGCGCGAGAAAAAAGGCGGAGAAGAAGAAGGACUUUCAGAAACCAAAGUACAAGGUCGGAAAGGAUAAGCCCAAGGCCUCGAACUUUACCGAUACUAGCUUCAAGGCAAAGUCCAUUGUGAUGGGCCAUCAAUCCUUGUCGACCGAUGCCCCAGAUGUGGCUCAACAGUUCAAGCACAGCCUCUCGUUGGCGUCGUCUUCCAGAUCAGACAAGCAGCGCCGAGAGUCUUUGGCGUAUCUAACCAGCCAGCUGUCUUCUCAGCCACCAAUCAACCCCGUGGGAACCCACGCCGUCCUGGCCAAACUUCUACCCCUAAUCUCGGACAGCUCGACACCCGUGCGAGCCCAGCUCUUGAAGCUUCUUCGGAGUCUGCCGCAGGACGAAGUCAGGCACAGCAUCGAGCAUGCCGUCAUGUACAUCCGCGCCGGGAUGACGCACCUCUCCUCAGACAUCAGCAACGAUGCCCUCGGCGUCAUGGAGUGGCUGCUGGACGUCGCGGACGACGAGCUGGUGACCUGUCCGGGCGGCUGGGUCAAGACCCUCAACACGUUCUGCGCCAUGAUGGGCUGGGCCGUCGCGACGUCGAACGGUGGCUGGACGUCUGGCGCGCGUGGGACCCUCAAGGCAAAGGACGCCCAGACCCUGGCCCGCCAGAUCACCGCGUUGUCCAAGUUCCUCGGAGCUGGCUUCAAGAACGAGGACGUAGGUGACACAGACUCGUCGGAGUACUGGGACAAUCUGUACAGGAUACCUCGGGCACCGAAUGCCUUUGAUUACUUGAAUCUUUCCGGAGCCAGGCGCGACGAGGAGGGCGAGAUGUACUCGAGCCGGGAAGCCCGACAGCAGGCCUUUAACCGACGAUUUCUCGACCCGAUGAUGAAGGGCCUCGACAAGGCGAAAAAGGAGGGUGGGGCCACGGGCCGAGCGGCCUCUACGCUGGAGCAGACUCUGCUGGAUGGGAUGCAGGACUUUGAGCCCUCGACGGCCAUGGAUACGCAGGAUCUCUUGGACCUUUGGUGAGGGAGUGCAGUCGAGACCAAGACAACACUCGCCACUGCACCACCUAGAGGCUUCAUGGCUAUUGCCACCACGAAAACGCCCGUAACGGAGGUUCCCAGAGAGGAGCAGCCGUCACGCAACGGACACGAUAGCGGAGCAAAUUCCGCUGACCCGUUCGCGGUUUCGCGGCUUCCGAGGUGAAUGCGCCAGCGCCCACAGCGGCCUCACAACAUGGCUUCAUGAUUCAGGCCCUCGUCUUCUCGACAAGAGGAAGACCGCGUGCGUACAGAACCGUCAACGAGGCGAUACCGGCGCUGCUCUGCCGUGCUGCACUCGCGUCUCCCAUCAGUGCAUGCUGGGCCGUCGAAGCGGGAGACUUCCAGGCGUAGAACGCACUGCCCGGCUGGCUCGAUAGUGGCCAGUACCGACUGGCAGGUGGAUGAAAAUGGCUCCUCGCCGCAGAGCGGCUUAGAGCUAGUGGCAAUAGACGACGAGAUUACCU